GGAACUUCCCAAACAGCUGGGUAAUUACUAGUGCUGUUUAAGCUUUUAGACAUCACGUAUUGACUCAGCGCAGUGUAAAAGCAAUGCUUAAAUGCUUUUUUUGAUAACCUUGCCUCAUAAUAUGAAUCUUGGUUGAAGUCACUCUAUGUGUUGUAAAGAAAUAUGACGUGUUAUACAGUGCUCUUGGUUAUUGUUAAUGUGAUAUAUGCUGGUUAUGUGGAAGCUGGAUUAGGAAGACGUGGAGUGACACAAGAUCAUGAUCCAAAUGACGAAAAUAAUACAUUUUGUGAUAUGCCACCACCAACUAAACCUGACUUCUCUUCGCCCGGCCGAAGGAUUAGUGAAACGAAGUGCCUUGAGUACAUUUGGGAAUUAAAACAACGUGAGGUAGAGGAAUUCAAAGCCAAUAUAUGUAACACAAAUGAAAUGUAUGAAAUACCAGCUAUAUUAAAUGGACACAUCACAAAACCUGGUGAAUACCCGCAUAUGGGUGCCGUUGGUUGGAAAGCAGCGAUUGGCACAUGGAUUUUUAAAUGUGGCAGCACUUUGAUCAGCUCCAAGUAUUUAUUGACAGCAGCGCACUGCUCGAGGGCUUCGAAACGUGACACAUCAUUGGCAGAUCCUGUCCCCAAAAUUGUAAGACUUGGGGAUAAAAAUAUAGUUGAUGUGUUUUCCAACGGGAGAUUUCCUUAUGACGUGCCAAUUGACAAAAUUAUAAAUCAUCCAAAUUUUGUAUCUCCAAAGAAAUACUACGACAUCGCUCUGAUAGUAACUGAAAGGGAGAUAAUGUUUUCGAAUUUGAUUCAACCUGCAUGUUUAUGGAAUCAAUUUAAUAUAAGUAAAUUUGCUAAUGAAGCAACUAUCACCGGAUGGGGAGUCAUUGAGACAGCUGGCAAAACUACAUCUCCAGAAUUACAAGCGGCAAAUGUGGAUAUUAUAGAUUCAAACCAGUGUGCUGCCUUACUUCAUACGUCUUGUAAUAGAUUAUGGUGUGGUUUGGAGUCUCAUCAGUUGUGCGCUGGGAAAUUAGAAGGCGGAGUUGAUACUUGUCAGGGUGACUCUGGAGGGCCACUGCAGGCGAAGAUACCGGUGUACCUUUCAACGCAAAGUGCCAUGCACUAUGUAAUUGGGGUCACUUCGUUCGGCAUUGGUUGCGCAAAGGCAAAUUUGCCCGGCGUGUACACUAGGGUCUCGAGCUUCAUUGAUUGGAUUGAGGAUGUUGUGUGGCGAGGUUUGUGAUUAAAAUAAAUACAAAUUAUAACGAA